UAUUCCCUGAACAUGUAUGAUAAAAUUAUAUUUAAUCGUAAAAAUCUUGUCGUUACUGAUAAAAAAAUUCAAUAAAUAGCUUAAGUAACUGUUAGAUUACUAUUAUACUGUUAGUAUAUUCAAAAUGGAAAAGUCUUUCUUGUGCUUGCUUUGUUUAGCGGUUUAUGCCGCGUCAGCCAUACCAACUAGCUCAUUGUAUUUCGAGGAACAUUCAUAUCCUCGAUACAUUGAUUUCCCCGAUGGCGAAGGAAACAUGCACAAGGUAGACCUUGAGGCUGAGCCUGACGUGAAAGUCCUCAACGAUAUCGAAAGGAACCCUGCCGACAACCAGUACUUGCUCUUCACCAGGCGUAAUCCUAAUAAUCCUCAAUCAUUGGUGAUAAACGAUGCUGCUUCUAUUACCAACUCUAACUUCAACCCCAAUGCUCCCACUGUCGUCGUUGUCCAUGGCUGGCUCAGUAACCAGAACACCAACCCUAAUCCCACUAUUCGGGAUGUCUACUUGAAAAAACUUGAGACAAAUGUGAUUGUAAUGGACUGGAGAAGACUGGCGUCACGUGACUACGUCACUGCAGUCAGAGGAGUACCAGCUGUUGGACGUGGUCUUGGACAGUUCUUGGCUUUCUUGAGCCAGGUUACUGGACAACCUUUAACUCGGAUGCACCUCAUCGGCUUCAGCUUGGGCGCUCACGUUGUUGGUAACGCUGGUCGUGAACUUGGAGGCAAGGUUGCUCGUGUGACAGCUUUGGACCCAGCUGGACCUCUAUGGAACUUGAACAAAAACCGCGUCAGCCCUGGUGAUGGUAUCUACGUCGAGGCUAUCCACACUGAUGGUGGUUCCACGGUCGACGGUCUUGGUAUCGGUACCAAUGUCGCCGAUGCUGACUUCUACCCCAACGGUGGUGUCUCUCAACCUGGUUGCCUCACCAACUUCUGCAACCACAACCGUGCUUGGGAAUUCUUUGCUGCUACCGUGACUUACAACCAUUUGGUCGGUCGAGCGUGCAGCAACCAUAUUCAGUUGUCAUUGAACACGUGCCGUGGUGCUGAACUUCGUAUGGGCAACGAUAUCUUAACAAAAUCUGGAUCUGGAAUGUUCCGAUUGAACACCUCAAGACGGUACCCUUACUAGUCAAAAUGUGAAACACCAGAAGAGAAAAAAAAACAGUAAUUUAAUGAAAUAAAUAAUUUAUUUAUUUGGCUAUUAAAAUCUGUUACUACAUUUAA